CAACCAUGCCGAUCCUGUCCGACAUUCUGCGCUUUCUGUGCCUGUGCGUGGUGAUCGAAAAGGGAUCAUGGACGCCCGCCAGGACCAUCCCCACCAAGAAGAAGACGCCCAUCAAGCCCGAGUGGCUCAAAGAGUGGACCAUCAGCAAGGGCUGGGUGCACAACCGGUCGCACCUGCUCACCCUCGGCCAGGACAAAAAGGACGAAGAGAGCAGCUCCGUCUCGACGGACGACAUCGAAGAGCUGAUCUCCUUGGAGCAUCAAGACGAAGAGGAAGAUCUGAGUCUGGUGUUCCACCAAGUGUCCGAAAACUACCGCGAGAAUUUUCCGGAAAACCCGGCCAGGUACACCGAUCUCCAGCUCCCCACGAUCUACAAAGAGCGUCUUCUUCUGGCGAAGGAAGAAAGCUACUUGAGCCGGAUGUGGAAGAUGCUCAAACCCAAGAAGAAGACCAAGACGUAUGAGUGCAAGUUCACGGUGAACCAGUUGUACGAGCCCCAGAAUUUCCGCACCAAGACGGAAUCGUCAAAGAAAACCCGGACCAACACUUUGGGGAAAAAUAUAGCUCUGUACAACACGCUGAACUCCAAGACGAACUUGCACGAAGAGCCGAUCUACGAGUGUUCGGAGGAGAGUAUUAGUGUGUACAACAACCCCAUCUACGCCCCCUUGACUCGCUACUACGACUUCCACUCCAACCAUCUGCCCGAGUCCUGUUUCAACUACCAGAGGCAUUCCGUGCGGAAAUCACGUCUUCGGACCGAAAAAUACAUAAUAAGGCAUAUCAAAGUCAGAAUAAUGUUGUCGUUGCGAAUUGGUAAUUUCAAGAAACGCUACAAGAAGAAGGGCGACGAGGUGGCACGGACUCACGACGAACAAAGGAGGAUCGGUAAUGGACGGACUUCGAUUAAGAUACAAAAUCUGAGAUACGGCCGCCUCAACGUGCUCCGCUGGCUGCUGUGGGAGUCCGAGUUCCGCAACAGCGACAACAUGCCGGCGCUGGAGCGCGCCGCCCCCAACAGCACGACGCUGGCGCUGCACUACGCCGCCGCCAGGGGCUGCCUGGACUGCGUCCGCCUCCUCGUGGACUCGACUCCGGAGCUGAGUGCCAAUACGCAGAUGGACAAUGACGUCACGCCGGUGUACCUAGCGGCGCAGGAGGGUCACCUGGACGUGCUCAAGUUCCUGGUUCUGGAGGCCGGGGGGUCGCUGUAUGUGCGAGCCAAGGACGGGAUGGCUCCCAUACAUGCGGCGUCGCAGAUGGGAUGCCUUAACUGUGUCAAGUGGAUGAUCCAGGAACAAAGCGUCGACCCCAACCUGAGAGACGGCGACGGCGCCACCCCCUUGCACUUCGCCGCCUCCAGAGGCCACCUCGAGACCGUCCGCUGGCUGCUCAAGCACGGCGCUCGCCUCUCCCUCGACAAGUACGGCAAGAGCCCCAUCAACGACGCCGCCGAAAACCAGCAAGUCGAGUGUUUGAACGUCCUGGUGCAGCACGGAACCACUCCGGACUACAAGGAAGGCGAGCGGUCGUCCAAAUCGUGCUCUUGCACUCGCAAAAGUGAACAAUUGAAAAGGGGCAACAGCGUGGGCAGCGACUGCUCUACCUGCAAGCCGGUGCAGAGCAACGAGAAUAAUAAUUCCGAGCCGUUCUACCUCCACCCGCCCUUGAACUCCAGGUCUAUGGAGGCGCCGCACGCCCCCCAGGAUGGCCUCUACAUCAAUCCGAUGAACACGCACAGGCACAGCGCGUCGAGUGGCUCGGAAAGCAGUUCGAACGAGAGCGUCAACGGGGAGUCGUUCUAUUUGCACAACCCGGAGGAGGUUAUCUACAAUAGAGUGAAGGAUUUGUUCGAGGCGGCGCCGCAGAGGCAGCCUCUCUCUGCCCUCACAGUAAAAGUGGAAGUGCACUCCAGCAGCAGCGGAGCCGGGUCAGACGAGAACCUCUCCUCCUCAGACCUGUCCGAGCGCUCCGGCGACCACGAGCACGACUACGAAGACAUCUACCUCGUCCGCGAGGAGUCGUCCAAGAAGCCCGACAAGCAGUCCAACAUUCGCUCCCGUUCCCGCGACAGCGGCUCCCACAGCCGUUCGGGCUCGGCGAGCUCCUCCAACUCGGGCUGCAAUGUGGUGGUCAAGCUCAACGGCGCCGCCCCCAAGAAGUCCAACGAGUUCCUGCCCAAGCCGCAGAAGUACGAGAAGAAGAGCAAGAGCCCGGACUCGUCGGCCGCCUCCAGCGCGUCCAACGACGACGACGGCGACAAGGCCAAGCUGGCGCAGCGGCACUCGAUGCCGCCCAAGACCGCCGGCGGCGGCAAGGCGCUGAAGCGGGUGACGUCGGGGCCGGGCGACAUCUGCCCGCCGCCGCCGCCGCCUCCACCGCCGGUGGAGCGCAGGGAGGAGGACGAGCCGCGCGGCGCCGAGGUGGUGGAGAUCGUGGAGGAGCCGACGCUGAAGCCGUCGGAGGUGGCCAAGGGGAAGACGAAGACGAUGGCGGCGUUGACGAGCAAGCGGCUCAAUUCCUCCUGCUCCGACCUCACCAUCGUCAGUCUGAGCACCGACGGCGAGGAAGGCGAGAAACACGUCAACCUGGUGAACAAGCAGAGGGUGCUGCCCUUCAUCCCGCCCAGCUUCCCCGGCUCCGCCGACUCCAACAACCUCAUCAAGCCCUCGGAGUACCUCCGCAGCAUCAGCGACAAGAAGCCCCGCGAGGACGCCAUGACCGUGGAGGAGCGCGACGCCGACGCCCAGACGCCGGUGCCGCCGCCGCCGCCGCCCGAGCCCGCGCCGGUCGAGCCGCGCGAGGGCGGCGCCGACGCCGCCAAGAAGCAGCAGCAGCCGCUGUCGGCCAUCAGCAUCCAGGACCUCAACUCGGUGCAGCUGCGGCGGACGGACAAGAUGGUGGCGGCGAAGACGUUCUCGGCGCCCACGCGCAGCGUCAGUCUGCAGUGCCUCCAGAGCGAGCCCUACCUGGCGCAGAAGACGGACCUGAUCGCGGAGCUGAAGCUGUCCAAGGACAUCACGGGGAUCAAGAAGCUGAAGAUCGAGCGGGCCAAGGUGGAGGAGUCGAAGGAGAAGGAGUUGUACACGGAGAUUUCGAAGCAGUUCACGGCGAACAAGUUCGUGGAGAAGAUCCCGGAUAAGGACAACACCGGGAACGUUAUUCCGGCGUGGAAGCGGCAGAUGUUGGCGAAGAAAGCGGCCGAGCGAGCGCGGAAGGAGCUCGAGGAGCAGAUGUUGAGAGAAGCGGAAGAAAAAAGAUUGCAGGCGAUACCGCAGUGGAAGCGGCAGUUGAUGGCGAAGAAGGAGGAAGCCGAACAUAGGAUGAGAUCCACCAUCUACACCCCCAAAGUAGUCGACGACCCCCGCUCCUCGAAAAUCCACGAGGCCCACGAGUGCCUCAAGCACUCCGGCCUCGUCCCCGACGACAAGAAGGAAGACAUCAACAAUAACGAAAGCGUAAAAUCGGAGAGCAAUCACCCGCAACAGGAAGAGGAAGAGCCCGACGAAGACACCAACAUAAUACCGUGGCGGGCGCAACUGCGGAAGACCAACAGCAAACUAAACCUGCUUGAUUAGUCGCAAUUAUCGUGUAAAGUUAUGUAAAUCGUAUCCAUAUUUAAGUCUCUAUUUGUAUGUACUUAAGGUUGACAGAUGCAAUACUAGGCUUAAGUUAAGACGAGUCAAUUAUGUGAUGUAUGUUUUAUAUUAUUUUAAUUUUAAGUAGGAUAAGUGUGAUUUUGCGAUAAAUAUGACUGAGAUUGAGUCGGCGAGACGCUUUGUGUAGGGUCGGGAAUAUAUGCUGCAACGUGAGAUGUAUGUGCAUGUACUAUAUGUAACUGCUUCAAUAAUAAAGUUACUAUUAUCAUUA